GUUGUGUCAUAUCUUCCUGCCAUGGAUUCUUUCACCAAAAGACAUACUCGUCUUGUUGUUAAUAUGACCACAACCCAAGGUCAGAGUAGUCGCAAGACUAAACAUGUGAGGUUUUCAAACCUUUCUCAAUGUCAGAAGAGUGUUGAUGCCAAGAGUGUCAAGACGAAGAUUGUCAAGUGGUUUCCGAACCUGCGUCAAUAUUCUACAAGCGGAGACGACAACCAGAACCCUCUACCACCGAAGCUCAGUGCAAAUGGUGAGAAGACCACCAACGUUUGUUUGUUUCCGAAGCGCCCACGAUCGAAGACGACAACAAGAAUGGUUAUUGCGCCUGAGCGAGCGACAAACAUGGUGAAAGGUGUCUGCGCAACAAGCAAAACUGGGAGUACAAUCCAGAUAGAGCGCCCAAGGAAGCGUCAGUGCCCAAACGGUGAGGGCGAACAAUCCAGAGAGAUGGACAAUGUACAAAACUCGAGCGAGAACUUUGUUGUGAAAGAAAUACGCGACAACAGUAUUGCGCAAGAAUUACGUAAUAACGACAAUGAGGAGGAGGAAUCGAGUGACGGCGAUAACGAGGAGGAAUCAAACGACGACGAUGACGAGAAGGAGGAAUCAAACGACGAUGACGAGGAGGAGGAAUUGAGCGAGGAUGAGGAAUCAGAAGACACAGACUCUGAGGACAAUGAAGUAAARGACGCGUCAGAAGUUGAUGUCAACAUGUUYAGGAAGAGUCUAUCUGGAAAACUUUUAGGAGAAGCGAAGCAGAUAGUGGCACAGGAGGUGAGAAAAGGAUUGUACAGCAAAUCAAGCAAGAGCGAGAAAUCUCCUUACAACUUGGGAAAGCGCGGCAGAAACGUACGUGUGUACAACAAGAAAGCGAACUACCACGUGAACAUGAAGAAUGUUGAAGUAAUUCUCAAGGAAGAUUGUUGCAAGGCCAAAUGUUACUUGAAGUUCACGGUAGAAGAUGUUUUCUACAAGCGAGAAGAAAUUUGGGCGAUGAAACAACCUGAGCAAGUCAACUUCCUUUUCGCAGAGAUGAGGGUUGCGUCAUAUUUCUCGGAUGAUGGAGAUGUAGAGGUGUUAAGAGUGACAUUCAAUGGCAUAAAGGUUUGCACAAAAGCGUGGGGAAAGUUGUACGGAUGCUCGACUACACAUGUUGCAAGACUACGCAAAGACUUCAGAGACGGACUAGUGUU